AUGGCCCUGCUGAAGUCUGGCUGGCUCUGGAGACAGUCGUCUGUCCUGAAGCGCUGGAAGGUGAACUGGUGUGACCUGUGGAUUGAUGGGAGUUUGGUUUUUUAUAAAUCAGAGAACAGGAGGGACUAUGAGACUCGCGUCAGCCUCAAGAGCAGCUGUGUGAGUGUGAAGUCUGGUCUGGAGUGUGCAGGUGUGUGUCCUCCGGAGAGCCACCCCAGGGAGAAUCUGCUGGUGGUGUACCUGAAGGACGGCUCGAACGUCAUCCUGUGUGCCAACAGCGAGGACGAGGCCCUGGCAUGGAAACUUACGCUGCUGGAGGCCAAGAGAAACCCUGUGUUUACGUACGACCCGUAUGCAGACACAUACCAGUCUGUUCCCGUGGACAGCCACAAUGCCGUGUACAUCACCCCCAGUGGCCAAGGCGCACAUCACGUGUGGAUCCACAGAGAGCCGUACGAGGACAGUUUUGGGGAGCAGGUGGCCCUGGGCCUGCUGGCAGGGAUGGCGGCUGGUGCAGCCAUGCGUUCCUUCCUCUGGAUGCCAUUCUGGUUUUGCUGA